GGAGCAGCCGGCCGCGCCCCGCCCCCGGUGCGGUGGGGGUCUGGCGCGCUCCCUGCCCGCGGCGCGAGGUCGGGCCUGGCGGCGGGGAGCGGCGCGAGGGAGCGGUGCUGCGGGAGGGCGUGCGGACGGGCGUGCGGACGGAGUGAGAGGAUGUGAAGAUGGCGGAGCUGCAAAUGCUGCUGGAGGAGGAGAUCCCGGGGGGGCGCCGGGCCCUGUUCGACAGCUAUACGAACCUGGAGCGGGUGGCCGAGUACUGCGAGACCAACUACAUCCAGUCAGCAGAUAAGCAGCGAGCCCUAGAAGAAACCAAAGCCUACACAACCCAGUCAUUAGCAAGCGUAGCCUAUCUGAUCAACACUUUGGCCAACAAUGUUCUCCAAAUGCUGGAUAUCCAGGCAUCCCAACUUCGACGCAUGGAAUCUUCAAUCAACCAUAUUUCACAAACGGUGGACAUUCACAAAGAGAAAGUUGCUAGAAGAGAAAUUGGUAUCUUGACUACAAACAAAAACACCUCAAGAACUCACAAAAUCAUUGCACCAGCUAACUUGGAGCGACCAGUUCGCUACAUCAGGAAACCUAUUGAUUAUACAAUUCUAGAUGAUAUUGGACAUGGAGUGAAGUGGUUGCUUAGAUUUAAGGUCAGCACACAGAAUAUGAAGAUGGGUGGGUUGCCUCGUACAACACCACCCACCCAGAAGCCACCAAGUCCACCAAUGUCAGGAAAAGGAACUAUUGGGCGUCACUCUCCUUAUCGUACGUUGGAGCCAGUACGUCCUCCGGUGGUACCAAAUGACUACGUGCCUAGCCCAACACGCAAUAUGGCUCCCUCACAGCAGAGUCCUGUUAGAACAGCUUCUGUGAACCAGAGGAAUCGCACAUACAGCAGCAGUGGGAGCAGUGGAGGAAGCCACCCAAGUAGUCGGAGCAGUAGUCGCGAGAACAGUGGAAGUGGCAGCGUGGGUGUUCCUAUCGCUGUUCCCACGCCAUCUCCUCCCAGUGUCUAUCCAGCCCCUGCUGGCUCGGCUGGCACUUCUCCCCUUCCUGCUACCUCUGCUCCUGCCCCCACCCCUCCUACUCCUGCCCCUUCCUCCUCUGCCCCAGAUGCUGCUGCUGCUGCAGGAGCCCAGCCCCUUGCUGAUGGCUUCACCUCUCCAACUCCCCCUGCUGUUUCUUCCACGGCCUCUACAGGCCACCCAGUUCAGUUCUACAGCAUGAACAGGCCUGCGUCUCGACAUACACCACCAACAAUAGGGGGAUCUUUGCCAUAUCGGCGUCCUCCUUCCAUCACGUCACAGACGAGCCUUCAGAACCAGAUCAAUGGAGGACCUUUUUAUAACCAGAACCAGGCAUCCCUUGCUCCUCCUCCCCCCUCCAUCCUACAGGUAACUCCACAGUUACCACUAAUGGGAUUUGUGGCCAGAGUUCAAGAAAACAUUUCAGAUACUCCUCCCCCACCCCCACCCGUGGAUGAGCCAGUGUUUGACGAGUCCCCGCCGCCACCCCCACCUCCAGAGGACUAUGAGGAGGAAGAGGCAGCGGUGGUGGAGUACAGUGACCCAUAUGCAGAGGAGGACCCUCCCUGGGCACCGCGCACCUACUUGGAAAAGGUGGUAGCUAUCUAUGACUACACAAAGGACAAAGAAGAUGAGCUCUCAUUUCAGGAAGGUGCCAUCAUUUAUGUCAUCAAGAAGAAUGAUGAUGGUUGGUACGAAGGGGUCAUGAAUGGAGUGACAGGGCUCUUCCCAGGGAACUAUGUGGAGUCCAUCAUGCAUUACUCAGAGUGAAGACUAGAGGACAGAGCGCUGCAUCUCCUGCUGCAGGAGCUGUCAGGGCUUCCUCAUCUCCACCAGCCUCUGAGGCCCAAUCCAAAAUAGCUGAAUGAAGGAUAAUUGUAACACCACUCUUUUCUUUUCUUUUUUUUUCCUCAUUAUAAAACAGUAGUGUUUUGAGUUGUUUGAACAAAUGGCUCUUCCAGCUGCCAGCAGAGGCUAUCGUGAGCAAUCUGUUGCUGAAGUAAGCUGACCCCAUUCAGAUCUAACAAACUCAUUGAGUAGCUGAUAUUUCCUUCACUCUCAUUCUGACUUCUGACAGGCUCUGGGAUCUCUCUCAGGAAUCCUGUGCACUGUGGUGGCACUACGUUUGGCAGCAGUGCCUGGCACUGGGGAUGUCCUGGAUGCUUGUGGUGAAGCGUUGAUGGCUGGUGGAUGUCCCUCCUGUUUCUACACUACACUCCUGUGCAGCUGGAAGAAUGCUUGUGUUUUAGCAAACACAGGGAUUUGUAUGCAAAACUGUUCACGUAUCUGACUUCCUUACAGUUGGUUGCAUCUUUAGCAAAAACACUUCUGCAGCUGCUCUGCUUGUGUAGGCUGACACAGGGGCACACAGAGCUGGCUUUGGUUCACUCACCCUUUAGUUUAGACAAUUACGAUGGCUGCAGCCCAGAGGAUCCUCACCCCCAUUUCCUCAUCUUUUGAACGCAACAGGUUUGGUCUUGGUUAUGCACUGAUGUAAAUGUGCUGCUGUGCACCGUGCUACCUGCCAUGGGUGCUGCUGGGUUGACUGGAACUCACAGAUGCCACUGACAGUGAAGUUUACAGGUCCUCCUGGGGUCUGAGGAUAAACUCUAGGGGCUGCGAUCUAAGGUUCAGAUCUACUCACGUCUGCUUGCACUAGAGAAACGUACCCCAACUUUAGUCUUAUGCACAAUAUAAUCUUAAAAAUCCAAUCAGGUAUUGUAAAUUGGCUUUUUUGUACUUGAUGACUAGAUUUGCAUAUGUACUGUGAGAGCCCUGUGCAGAGGCAGGACAAACGGCAAUUGUUGUCUUCAUGUCUGUUGCCAAAAUCUCUUCAGUGGAAGUAAAAAGGGCUGUUGUUGUGUACUGGUUUCCUAUGGAAAUCCAAGCAGUAACUAGAAGUAGUCCUAGCUCUUCUCCCACUCCUCUCCAUUGCUUAUUAUGAAGAAAUAGGUAUUUUAACUGUACUGGUGGAGUAAUAACAAGUGAAGGCCCUGGGUUGAUAGUUUGCUUUUUCAGUGUCAGUUAAAAAUGCUGCUCGGUGAUUCCGUCAGUGUAAAAGGAUGGCUAUGCUAGUCUGCCCUCAGGAGGGACUAAAUAUUGCCUUUGGGUGAAUGUCAUGCAUUAGCAGAACAAACUGAUUAAACCUCCUGUUGUAGUCCUGCUGCUCCACAAAUGGAGCUGACCUCUGUACUGCCAGAGCCUCCUGGGCCAGAUAGUCUCAGACAACGUGUGACUGACAUCUGACCAGGUUCCAGCCAGUACCAACUGUCGGAGGCAAGGUAAUGCAGCUUUCUUCUGAAGCCUGUGUGUAAAACGGAACAGUACAGAGAGCGCUGCCAGGGCUGGGUUUGUGACAGUAUUGGCAGUGGGGCUGGGUACUUGACACAAGCCCUCUGCCCCUUCUUGGUAGGCAGUGCAGUGCCAGGUUGGAGGCACAUGCUUGGUACAAACUUGGGCAGGGAGAAGCCAUAGCUGCUCAAGGGGGAAGAAAGAAGAAACAGGUGAGGUGUGCUUGUAGGAUGUGGGUGAAUUUGAUCAUCUGCUGUGAGCUUGCAGAAGAGUGCGUUAAUUCCUGUGACGGUGAGUAAGGAACUAUCUCGGUGGAAGCCUACAAGAAGUACGGCUUUGAAGGAACUGGUGCAAAGAUAGAAGCUACUUUUUCUCCCCUGCUCAGUCUUCAGCUGUGUAGCCAAAACGUUGUUCUGUUCUUUCUGGAAGCUGGCAGCAUUACUUGGAAUAAAUGUUAGCCAGAAGAGAUACUUUUCUACUUCCCUUUGGAAAGGCUUCUGUCUUGCAGCAAGACCAGCAGAAGCAGCCAUGUUCUGAUUUUUCAGCCCAUUAUUUCUCUAGGAGCACACCUACAAACACUGGUGGUGCUGUAGCUGGAUUGUCUGUUUCCAGUGUCACAGGACAUGCCUACGCUUUUUGCACAGAUCAGUGGUUCUUGCAGCCUGGUUAGAGACUGGGGUGAUUGCACUGCAGCAGUACUUACUACACAGCCACCCCAUAAGCACCAAAGAAUUGUGUUUUCCAGGACUGUCAGAGCUUCCCUGGCUUCUUCUGUCCUGGGUGCAUUUUUGGUGAUGACAGCACACAGUGCUCAAAUGUACUGAGUUAUGGCAGCUUAAUGAGUUACUAAAUGAGAGCUAAUACUCUCUCCUUGUGCACCCACAUUCCAGCUGGGAGGUGAUGAAUUAGUGAAAUACGUCUUUAACUCAGACUGUCAAGAGCAUGUACUCGAACACUUCUGACUGACAGGUGGUGACUGUGUGUACCUUAUGUAAGUACACUCCUGUCCUUAUCUUCACUCGGCUGUGUAUCUUCUGAGUUUUAUGUGUUGAGAGCUGCCAGAGCAGAAAGUGCUGCAUACUUGUUGGAGCUCAGGACAGAAGAUGAGGCUGCAAAACCUUGAAGGUGAAAUGUGGGAAGCUCCCUGGAAGGCUGGCUUUGAGAAGUUAGUUUAGUCUCUGCUGAUAGCAUUGAGUUUUUUGUCCUCUAAGAGCUGCUGCGGAUGGAAUUUUGGGGUCACCUCCUGCUGGUUUUAUGCUUUAUUAUGCAGUACUAAUGCAAAGAGAUGAGUUUUAUGCAUACUUUUUAUUUUGUACAGAUUUUAAUUCUGUGGUUUGUUUGGGGAUGAUGUGAUGUUAUGUUCAUAGACCAGGCCAAGGUAAACAAGCUUUUUGUAUUAAUGUUACAUAGACUGCAUGCUAGUGAAGUCAGUGGGGGUUGUGUUUUUAAUUUUGUCCCUUGUACAUCUCCUUAAAAACAUUCCUUCCUCUCUUUAUUGACAUUUCCUUCUAAAAGGGGGUUUAGGGAAGUGGGGAAAAAAACGCAACACUCUCAUAGAUGCAAACUUCUCUUCACCGAGUUCUGCCACAACUGGAGGCGUUCAGCAUCGCAAGCUGUCAGUCAGAGCAGUGGGUAUGCAUGUGAGAGAGGUGGGGGAAGGAGACUCCGGAAUAGCCCAAAGAGUGCUACACAGCCCAAAGAAGCAUUUCUCCCUUCUUGAGAGCUACGUUGCCCACAGCCAGCUGCUUUCAUUGUGCACUGACAGGCAGGAAUCUCUAGCUGCAGAUUUUUGCUUUGGUUUGCCAUAGCAGAGAUUUCUUCCUUGCUCUCAGCCCUCUUGAGACAAAUCUAUUAACUAGAGCUGCCCCUGUGACACGUGCCUGUGUGAAAGGAGGUCACAGACUGUCCCCAGAUAGUGCUGAAGCAGGCUAUUUUAAAAUCUGCAUUCAGCAUCAAGGUGGCUAAGGUUGCAUGUGUCUCACCCGUUGAUUUUUAUUUUUUUCAUCUUUCUCCUUGUCCUUGAUUCAUCUUCAUUUCUUCUUUCUUCUUUGUUGCCACAGAGGGGUGAGAGGGGGCAAGAAAAGCAAGCAGCCUAUUUUAUGCUUGAGCGUCUCGAUGGUGCUUCCAUGCUCACUAGCUGGAGCAGGCACCAGAGAACAUGGACUCUGAGGAGCCGUUGCUCUCAGUGGAGGAAAAGAGGUGGAGCAUGGCCCUGGGACUCAGCCUGUCAUUGUGGUAUGCACUAACAGGAAGCACCUGGGCUGGGGAUUGCUGCUGGUUUGCACCACAGCUCCUGCACAGUCCCUGCGGGCUCUGGCAGGACGACUUACCAGUGGGUGGUGGGAAGCCUGAGAACUGGUGAGCACUUGCCUCAGCAGUUUGUUCACUUUUCACACCUCCUGAGAAUUUUCUUUGCUGCCAAGGGCUCUCCCUGUGCAGUGCUUCUGUGACUAAGAGGAUGUGCCUGUCUUCUGCUUGUGCCAGCACACUGGUCUUGUCAAGGUAGCCCUACCUCAGCAUUUGCAAGUAGGCAGAAUGCUUAGCCCCUGCCCGGUGUGGUUCUUCAGCACUUCUGUGACAGCCCAGAACCAAAGUUGACAUUGGCAACAAUGCAGCUUCUGCAAAGUGGCACUUUUAUUUAGGGUGCUGCAGCUGAGCUUGAGAAGAGAAGCGGUAGCAGGACUGACGGUCCUUUUCUGGCUGAGGGUGUGCUGCCUGUCUGCUGCUCACCUGUGGUGGAGGAGGGUUGUGCUGGUGCAGCCUGCUGUGCUUCUGUGGUGUCUCGCACCUAUGCUGGAUGGCAGGUUAUUGCUGUGCUCUUCCCAGCAGCUUCCACCAGUUCCUAGUAAACGCUGCCCAUGCACCUCUUUCCUAGAAAUGAGCACACUCUAUUAUGUCUCUGGGCUUCAGAUGUAAAGCAAAUGCAAAACUUUUACCUUUUCCGGCGGGAAAGGACAGGACUUUUUGUUGGUUGGUAACCCAGCAACAUUAUCAGCACAACUUCUUCGGAAGCUGCUAGAGGAUGCUGUUGGGAACAGUGUAGUGCUGUGGCUUUGACUGGACUUACUGAGUGAGUGUGGAGUCACUGACUGAGGACUGCAGCAUUUAAUGAAAUGUUCCAAAACCCAUGCAGAGGCUUUAGUGCCUACGUUGACAACAGCGGCAGAAGGAAAUGUGCAGAACUGCUGCAUUCACAGAGGCAAAUGCUUCAUGUUGAGAAGAGGCAGUGUUGUACAACAAACGGCAUGAGCAGGUAGGUUAUGGACUAUAGCUUAUAGGGAGCCACGUUCAAGAAUUUAGUGUGCUUAUAGAUGUAUUUUCCACCUACUCCACUUUUUGGCAUCACUCAGUAUUAGGCACGGCCGCAUUUGGUGGCUAAAAUGGUACUAUACAGAGGUCAGAAUAGUGCAAGGGGGGACAACUUUUUCUUUUCAGUAGCUGAAGUCAGUGCGUAGCAGCAGUCCUUUUAACAAUUUUGAGAGUAGUGGCACCCUCAUCUAUCUGUGGGAAGGUUGCCAAACACUUGAUGCAGCCAAGUUUUGCCAACUGCUGUUGCAAAUAAUUCAGACCAUGAUGUUCUGCAUUCAUUCAAAGCAGCAAUGUGUUUUGUGCAACUUUCUGCAAAUGCAGGAACUGUUUGUUUAUUUUCUUUGGCGCUCUGAACAUACUCAUUAACACCUUUGCUUAUUCCAAUGUGAGUUACAAGAAGGUAAAAAGUCAGCAGCAGCCUGUUGGCCAGAGGUAAGGCUACACCCAGCAUCCUGCUGGACAGGUAUGUGGUGACUGCUGAAAUACGUGCAGUACAUUUCCUGUUUCUCUUAAAACCUCAGAAAAAUCCUUCUAUUUACUAAUGAGGAAGAGCUGUGUACGAAUUCAUUUCCAUUACAGGGCCUUGCUAAAGUGCUGACAUCUGAGAUUUUUUUUGUUUUGUAAAGCCCAAGUGCUUCUUUUCACAUUUGAAAAAGUGUCUUUUGCAACUUGCAUGGACAAGUAGUUUCUAUGAAUUCUCUGGAAAUGUUAGUGUCUAACAUGGAUUUUUUUGUCCAUGUACUUUUUUCUGAAAGCAGAACCCCCCACACACACUUGGGUUGCAGUCAGAAGGGAAGCACUUUGUGCUUUUGAUUUUGGCACUGCUGAUGGGGUGGAGGAGUGCAGAGCCCACUGUAAAUGAUCGAGCCUGCAAGACUCUGGGGAGCUGUGUGCUGCCAGUAACAUUUUAUUGUGUGUGCCAUUUGAACCAUCUUCCAAGUGAGUGCGAAACCCAAUUUUUAAAUUUUUUUAAUUGUACUUGGAAUUAACUGUUGCUGUGUACUAAACCCUCUUGUAACGAGCCCUGAAUAAAAAGAACAAAGCACA